AUGCCAAGCGCUCCGCUCCGGCUUCGCUGCGAGUUCAUGCAAAAUCCAUUGGGCGUGGAUGUCACAUCACCACGCUUUUCAUGGUGGGUGAACGACUCACGGCCUGCUGAAGUUCAGUCGGCCUACGAGAUCCUUGUCGCUUCCAAACUUGCGCUCCUGAAUCAGGACCAGGGUGAUCUCUGGCACAGUGGCCGCGUUGAAACCCAUCAGACUCUGAACGUUGAAUAUCGCGGCAUCCGCCUUGCUGCCGGGCAAAAAGCCUGGUGGAAAGUACGCACCUGCGACAGUGAUGGCGUACCUGGCGACUGGAGUGAUCCAGCCAGCUUCGAAAUGGGCCUUCUGCAAGACGCAGACUGGCAUGGACCCUGGAUUGCCGGCGCGUUGCAGGGCAGUGCUCGACGGGGCGUCCACGCUGUGGGUCUGCGUCGAGAUUUCCUGAUUACUCAGCCGGUAGCCAAAGCGCGACUCUACAUCGCCGUAGCGGGUGACUUCAAACUUUAUGUAAACGGCGUGUCUGUUGUUCCCGCGGGCAGUCACGCAAGCUGGACCGCAUUCGGGGAAAAAGUUUUUUAUCAGAGUUUUGAUGUCACUGAACGGCUUCUGGCCGAACCCAACGCGGUGGCUGUGUUGCUCAGUGAUGGCUAUUUUGCCGGUGCUUUACCCGGUUUGGGUAGAGCCCGAUAUGGCAAUCGACCUUAUCUGCGUCUGCGCCUUGUCACCACGCUGGCGGAUGGGGAGCAGUUCGAAGUCAAUUCUGAUGAGCAGUGGCGCUGGGCACCCAGCCAUCUGCUGGCUGCGGAUAUCAACGCUGGGGAGCAUGCUGAUGCUGCGCAAUUGCUUGAGGGUUGGACGGAGCCGGGUUUUGAUGACGCGGGCUGGCAGCCGGUAGAAAGAAUCAGCUUCAACCCGGAUCUGAGAAGUCUGCCGCAUGCUUCCUUUGGCGUGACACAGGCGCUGCGCCCCAUGACCGAACCGUUGGUCACUAAGGCUGCGGGACGCAGUACGGCAUUGUUUGAUUUUGGGGAUCAGCUGGUUGGUCGGGUGAAUUUGUCUCUAAGGUGUCGUCAAAGUGACAUGCUGGUGCUGCACUACAGUCUUGAUAAGUCGUUUACCAAUGCCAGCGAGGAUAGUCUUAUAACAGUUGCGGAUGCGACUACCAGUCAUGAAGGACUGUUUGCGCUGCAUUCGUUUCGUUAUCUGAAAGUGGAGUUCACGCCCCACUUGACCGAGGUCAGCCAUGCCACAGCGUUGCGCAUUGCUGCGCUGGAGUCGAGUCCUGUGAGUGUGCGCACUGACCAUGCCACUUUGAAUCAGUUGUUUGAAAUCAUUGAUAACAGUUUUAGAAGCGCAGCAUUUACUGUGCCGAUGAAAGGUGUUGCGCUGGCAGAUCGCUUGCCCGACUUUACUGCUGCGGGCACCUGGAUGCCCUAUUUUGCUGGUCAGGACAGAAGUCCCGCUCUGGUGCUGAAGUGGCUUGAGGACGCGCUUGCCAAGCUGAUGCCCGCGCGCGGUGCGCCUGCGAGCAGUAAUCCUUUGGUACCUGCAGUAGUGGGUGCAGACGAAUGUUUACCCUACGACGAAUUUGCUGAGUUCGAAGCGCUGGUGGCGACGGUCUGGCAACAUUACCGCAGCCACGGCGAUGUGCAGGUACUUGAACGUGCGUAUCCACAGUUGCGAGCCAUCGCGCUGAGUUAUAGGCAUGCCAAAACACAUCUACUGCGCGCCCCGAGCAACACCUCUCUGUAUGGUGACGGUGCAACAAACCCGCUGGUGGCCAGUUGCACGAUUUAUGACGCGUUGCGUUGUCUGGCGCGCAUGGCCAGUGUGCUGGCUUUGCUGAGUGAUCAUGAGUUGCUGCACGGUCUGGCGAGCGAGGUGCGCCAGGCGUUUCGCCAACGCUAUCUCACCGGAGAUGGGCAUUUGGCGUGUGACUCAGAAUCAGCUUAUAUCGCAGUAUUGCACUUUGGUUUGCUGGAAGACAAAGAACGGCAGCGCGCCGAGCAACGCCUGGUUGAACUGCUUCAACAGCAGAAUUAUCACAGUUCUGCUGCACCCCUUGUGCUGCCACACCUGCUGCCGGUAUUAACUGCAGCCGAGCGUCUGGAUAUUGCGUAUAUGGUCUUGUUACAGACCAGUUCGCCAAGCUGGUUAGCGGCGGUUCAUGCCGGAGAUCGUCUGGUCGCUCGGCAGCCAGGCUGUCCCGAAAUGGCUAACGUCGGGGUUCUGACCUGGCUGCUGGAGUCGCUGGUUGGGAUUAAAUUACAGGAUGAUUAUGCAAUAGAUAAAAAUGCUUUCCGUGCGGUUCGUGUACGUCCUCGACCGCCUUUAGGGAAACAGUUUCUGGCAGGUGCGCCGGUACAAUUUGUAGAGGCAUCGUUGCGCACCCCGAUGGGGCGUUUUGAUGUCAGCUGGUGGAUAAAAGAAGAUCGUUUUGAACUGGAGUUGCUGGUUCCACCAGGGUGCGAAGCGCAGGUGAUCAUGCCGGACGAAAUAGAACAGAGAGUGCACAGUGGCCAUCACCGUUUCAUGAUGGAUUUCAAGGCGGGUGGUGAUGGCGUACCGACAUUGCUUGAGCUGAUGGACGGCAUACACGAUCUGGGUGGCAAACAUGGUUUUGAUGCCGUUGAUCCCGAUGACCCUGGGCAGGGGUUUUCCCAGCGUUGGCACGGCAGCGUAUUCACAAUGAUCAAUAGCCUUGCUGCUGCCGGUGUUAUGCAUAAUGCCGAUCAUUUCAGGCAUGCCGUUGAACGUAUAGACCCCAUCAGCUAUCUCGAUGACGGUUAUUAUGGACGGUGGCUCGGCGCUGCUGAAAACCUGCUGGUGGAAGGCGGUGUUCUCGAACAACAACAGAUUACCGACCGCGCCGUGACUUUUGGUGCGCAGGGCAACGAGCGGGUGGCUGCGCGGCCAAUGCAUGAUGAUGGUCUGGCGCGGACUGAACAGAAAACCAACAACGCCGUCAGUCCGGCCCGUGAGUCUCGGCCAACGGCAGAGCGAAACUCGGAUGCCCCCGCGCGGUUUUCCAUCGGUGACUGCGUGCUGACAAGCAUGUUCCCGGUACCCGGGCAUACCAGGCUGCCGGCUUAUGCGCGCGGUAGAUUGGGUACGGUAGUGGCACUGCAUGGGUCCUGGGUGUAUCCGGACACCAAUGCCCACGGUCAGGGCGAACAGCCUCAACAUCUGUAUACCAUUUGUUUUGAUGCGCAGGAGUUAUGGGGAGAGGGUGCAGACGAUCUGGAAGUGUGUCUGGAUCUGUUUGAACCUUAUCUGCACUUAGCGCUGGAAAGUCUGUUGAUUGAAAAAGGCCUGCUCGAUGCGGAUCUUAUCGACGAUGUCAUCGUGCGUUACAACGAACGCGUUGGACCUAUGAACGGCGCCCAACUGGUUGCACACGCCUGGUCAGAUGAGGCCUUCAAGAAGCGUUUGCUGACGGAUGCAACUGCUGUUGUGAAUGAAUUCGAGUUCAGCGGCGGUCAGGUGGAUAAGCUUGUUGUGCUUGAAAAUACGUCGCAGAUUCACAAUGUGGUUGUCUGUACAUUGUGUUCCUGUUACCCCUGGGCGGUGCUUGGGCUGCCGCCAAAGUGGUACAAAGACCCGGCUUACCGAUCCCGGGUGGUGCGCGAACCCAGAGCGGUCCUUGCAGAAUUUGGCACAGAUAUCCCGGCUGAGAAAAAGAUUCGCGUCUGGGAUUCCUCGGCAGAAAUUCGCUACAUGGUGUUGCCAGAGAUGCCUGCGAACUGGCAGGGGCGUGAUGUAGAAAGCCUCGCUCAGUCAGUUUCAAGGGACAGCAUGAUUGGUGUGUCGGUGCUGGGAGAGCGCCAGCAUGAGUGA